AUGGAUUCUCAGAAACAACUUUGUGGCUAUGGUGACCUAAAAGACAAACCAAACUUGCUUUUCUUUGACAUUACCAGGUGUGCAACACCUGCCAUAUUUCUUAUGGGAUGUCCUACUACACAAGUCUGUGUUAAAGACUGUCCUUCACAAUCUGGAGUAACGCCAGCCCUUACUAAACCAUACUGUACACCGGAAGGAAAAUGUCCCUUAUAUGUACUGAAAUCAAAACCAUUUGUGGGACGUUGUGUGCCUGAUAUUGCAAGCCUUUUUGGCGCAUCCGUAUCUGCUGUACAGUCAGCUGUCAAUGUGAGUGAAGUGAAAACAGCCUCAAAAUUUAUUACAAAGGUCUUGGAGGCUAAGGCAUAUGCUGACAAAAUAAUCAGUGAUGUUGUUGUUUCCUGGUGGAUAAUUCUCAUUGGUCUUAUUGUGACAAUGGUUGUAUCAUUGAUUUGGAUUGUCUUGAUGCGUUGGGUUGCUGGUGUGAUGGUCUGGCUUGGCAUAAUUGCCUUUCUCGUCCUGUUUGGUGCUGGUUGUGGAAUAAGUGUUUGGAAAUAUCUUCAAGUCAAAGACAGCACUAAGGAAGUAUCUGUUGGAUUUAAUCCAUUGGUAUUCAAAUUCUCUGAAGCUAAACUGUUUUUAACCUUGUGUAUUAUUUGCAGCAUUUUGUUUGUGAUCUUUCUCCUGGUUCUUAUUGCAUUAUUUUCUCGGAUUCGUAUUGCUAUUGCCUUGAUCAAAGAAGGAAGCAGAGCCAUUGGUAAUAUUUUUUCAACUCUUCUAUGGCCAAUCAUUCCCUUUGUUCUUCACAUUCUAGUUAUUGUUUACUGGUUAGCAGUGGCAGUAUGUUUGUUUGCUAUCAGCCGUUCGAAUGACCUGAAGCUAAAUGAGAGUUCAACUGAUGAAGUUACGUCUUUGGUUGAAAAAAUUGCUUGUGCCAAUGAAACUGGUUCAGUAAAAUCUUGCUAUGUUGUACAAAACAUGGAAACGUAUACCCUUUACUUGCAAAUCUUUGCUGUGUUUGUCUUCUUCUGGAUGGUCAACUUUGUCACAGCCUUAGGGCAACUGACACUUGCUGGGACAUUUGCUUCUUACUAUUGGUCAUUCAAUAAACCAAAAGACAUACCAACUUUACCUUUAUUGAGAUCAUUUUACAGGUGCUUUAGGUACCAUCUUGGUUCCUUGGCUUUUGGUUCUUUGAUUAUUGCCAUUGUUCAAAUGAUUCGACUGUUUUUGGAGUACGUUGACAACAAAUUGAAAGAUGUCGACAACCCGGUGGCAAAGUUUAUGAUGAAAUGCUUGAAAUGUUGUUUUUGGUGUCUAGAAAAAUUUCUGCGGUUCCUCAACAAAAAUGCUUAUAUAAUGAUUGCAGUUCAUGGGAAAAACUUUUGUGUGUCUGCCAAGGAUGCUUUCAUGUUGAUUCUCCGGAAUGUUGCCAGGACUGUUGUAAUCGACAAAGCUACAGACUUUGUACUGCUGAUGAGUAGGCUUGUGAUUGUUUGUGGAAUUGGUGUUGCAUCUUACUUUGUAUUCACUAAGAAACUACCUGUGUCUACUUUGAAUGACACCAUUUCUGGCCUUAAUUUCUACGUUGUCCCCAUUGUGGUGAUAAUUAUUGGUGCAUACAUUAUCACAGAUUGUUUCUUUAGCGUCUAUGAGAUGGCAGUCGACACAUUGUUUCUCUGUUUCUUGGAAGACUUGGAGAAGAAUGAUGGAAGUGCCGAGAAGCCAUAUUUCAUGAACAAGAACUUGAUGAAGAUCCUUGGUAAAAAUAACAAGGCCAAGAAUUUUAGUUGCUUUUGCUUGAUCUCUCUCUUUUUUUACUUUUCUUCAUCUUUUCUCUUUUUCUUUUCUUAUUUUUUUCUCUUUUUUCUUAUUCUUUAUUCUUUUUUUAUUUUCUCUUUUUCUUUCUUUUCUUAUUCUUUUUACUCUUUUCUUAUUUUUUCUUAUUUUAUUUACUUUUUCAUUCACUUUUCUUCUUCUUUUCUGUUUCUUUUCUUCUUCUUUUCUUACUCUUUUCUCUUUUUUUCCUUUUCUCUUUUUUCUUUAUUUCUUUUGCUUCCACUGACUGACAGCAUUUCUGGCUUCACACUAUCUAUCUAUCUAUCUAUCUAUCUAUCUAUCUAUCUAUCUGUGUGUGUGUGUUGUUGA